GUACUUUCCAAUAUGAUUACAUUUAGAUGCGCCCUUCCUUGUAUAAGAAGAAUCUGAGAGAGCUAAGUCUUAUUCUAUCAAAGAAUAUUCCUUCUUUUCUUUGCCGUGCUUGUCAUUUUGUCUGUGUGCUCUGAAUAUGGUGAACGCUGUAGAGACAAAGAACGUGGAGAACGAGUACAUCAAGAGGCACCACAUGCAGGAGGAGCUUUUGGAGAAUCAGUGUAGCUCGAGGCUCGUUAAGCACAUCAAAGCUCCUCUUCAUCUCGUGUGGUCAACUGUGAGGAGAUUCGAUCAACCACAAAAAUACAAGCCGUUUAUUAGUAGUUGCGUGGUCAAAGACAAGAAGUUGGAGAUUGGUGCGGUAAGAGAAGUGGACGUGAGAUCUGGACUACCCGCUACUAAAAGUACGGAGAUAUUAGAAUUUCUCGACGACAAGCAACAUGUCCUCAGCAUCAGAAUCGUCGGUGGGGAUCACAGACUCAAGAACUAUUCCUCGGUCAUUUCGUUACAUCCGGAGACUAUAGAAGGAAGAACAGGGACAUUGGUCAUCGAGUCGUUCGUGGUGGACGUGCCUGAGGGUAACACAAAGGAAGAGACUUGUUUAUUUGUGGAGGCUCUGAUUCAAUGCAAUCUUAAAUCUUUAGCAUAUGUCUCUGAGGGUCUAGGAGCAGACUCUAUGGCCGAAAGGGUAUGAUGAUGACCAAGAAGAAGCUUUCCAACUGGGAAGGAGAGAUGGAACAUUGUCAUUUUCAUAUUUAAGAAGAUAAUUAUUUCGACCUUUUAUAUACAGUGAUGCCAUUUUAAGUCUAUACUUUUCUCUGUUUUGUGAAUAUAUGUUUAUUUUAUAUUGGAAUGAUUAUUCUGGAA